AUGUGGGCUGGUCUAGUUGGGCUUAUUGGCCCAUGGACACCCCAAGUUGCACUGAAGAUGAAGCCCAAACCGGUGACGAAUAGAGUUGCGACAAUCCCAAACAGAGUUAAGAUUACGAGCACCGCGAUUAACACCGUGUCCAAACAGCUGGAAAGCGCUCAGCAUUUCCACAGCAGCCAAGCACAAUCGCCUCCACAAGAACUCGUCACCGAAACACGCCCUUGCCAAUCGGCAUUCCCAAAAAUCAUCGAGUUGUUCGCUGAUAAAUUGAGCUUAGAAGAUCUUAGAAAUAAGGUCUCUAUAUUGAGAGACGAAGUGUUAAGGAACUGUGAAGAAAGUGACAAGAUUGAAAGAGUAUUGGAAGAGAAUGGGGUUUCGUUAUUCCGGAGUUAUUCUGAUGGAUCUGCUUCGAUUGAGCUCUUGAAACAGUUGGAUUCUUGGCCUCACUUAGCCCUUGAGGUUUUCAAUUGGAGAAGGAACCAAGAAGACUAUAGCAUUCCUAUGACAACAGACGAGUAUGCCAAGGGAAUAAUGGUGGCUGGUAGACUGAAGAAUGUUGAUCUGGCGGUUGAGCUUUUCACAGAAGCUGCCAACAAGGGACUUAAGACAACCUCCACUUAUAAUGCACUCAUGGGUGCUUAUAUGUUUAACGGUUUUGCCUCGAAGUGUCAAUCGUUGUUUCGAGACUUGAAGAGGGACGUAUUCUGUAGUCCUACCAUUGUAACAUAUAAUAUUCUCAUUUCUGUCUUUGGUCGCUUGAUGCUGGUCGAUCACAUGGAGGCAACAUUUUCGGAGGUAAAGGAUUCUAAUCUCUUCCCUAAUGUGAGGACAUAUAAUAAUUUAAUUGCUGGAUAUGUUACGGCAUGGAUGUGGGAUAAUAUGGAGAAGACUUAUAGGAUCAUGGAGGCAGGUCCCGUCAAGCCUGAUCUUACCACCAAAUUGCUAAUGCUUCGAGGGUAUGCACAUUCUGGUAAUUUGGAAAAGAUGGAAGAGAUUUACGAGCUGGUGAAAAAUCACAUCAAUUGUAAGGAGAUGCCAUUGAUCAGAGCUAUGAUAUGCGCAUACUGUCAGAGUUCUGACAUGAAUAGAGUUAAAAGGAUCGAAUCGUUACUGAGCCUCACUCCAAAAAAUGAAUAUAGACCAUGGCUGAAUGCGCUAUUGAUUAGGGUAUAUGCCCAAGAGGGUUUGGUAGAGGCAAUGGAAAAUUUAGUAAAUGAGGCAUUUGAUCAUAACACCUCUGUCACAUCAGUGGGUAUAAUGCGUUCUAUCAUCACAAGUUAUUUCCGAAUCAAUGCAGUGGACAGGCUUUCAAAAUUUGUGACGCAAGCAGAGUGCGCUGGAUGGCGAAUCUGCCGGUCCCUGUACCACUGUAAGAUGGUCAUGUAUGGGUCGCAAAAUCGCCUUGCCGAAAUGGAGAGGGUCCUUGAGGAGAUGGAGAAAUCGCACAUAUAUCCCUCAAAAAAAACAUUUGUAAUAUUGUGUAAUGUAUAUUCUGGGUGGGGCCAAAGAUAUAAACUAGAACAGGUGUCAGGGUUGAUGUGCAAACACGGGUAUGGAAUUCCUCUGGAUGGAUUCCCUUCAUAGUGAACCUUUGCAUUGGACAGUAUAUGUGUGCUGAAAAAGUCAGAGGACUUGCUAUGGAUAUGUUCUCUUAAUGGUACAGUGCACCCAUCCAUUCAACAACAUAAUUGGAUUGAGAAGGCCAAAGGAGCAUGCAUCUAAUAACUGCCAAUUGUUCACUACAUCUAUCAGACAGCCUGCAUGCUUUAUCAAGUUCAUUGGAAUGGUUUUAAAUUUUCUGAUGCACCAUGUCUAACAAUAUGCUGAAUACUGGUGGAAAAAUAAAAUUCAACAAGGCCAUGAAGGUGGUGUUUUCUAUCGGGGAAGAAUUCUUCACUACCUGUGUGCUGACUAAUAUGCUUGAAUCCAAAAAUGUAGCAGUAACUUGCUGUCUGUUGUACGGAAAAUCAUUUCUGAGAGGACCAGAUUGAGUUGUGCCAAUCCAAUUCAAAACAACAAGAAGGAUUAUUGAUGGGAACUCGCGUAUUGUUUUGUAGAUUCAUUUUUUAGAAUUAAAGCCAUUGAUUCUCUCCCUUGGGUUGCUUAAUAAAUGAUGCAAGUCAUCACGCAUAUCUGGUGGGGUGUUCUAGUAGGUCUGCAUGCCUCCUUGCUAGUAGGUCUUCAAGAGACAUGAGAGUGAAUUAUAGAAAUUGUAACCAUAUGCCCAAUCAGUAGUAGAUUUAGGGUUGGCAGUUUUCUCUAAGUUACAUAAGUUUGCUGUAUUACUGUUGCAUGAAAACAACCAAUUAUUUGAAGGAUGGACGCUCGCAUUUAACAGUUCCUUGUAAAUAUUGCUACUUUUCAGUUAAAUGCAAUUUUUGUAGGGUACAACAUGAAUUGCUGAUCCUAUGGUCUGUUA